AUGCCUUAUGCUGGGACUAUGUCAAGAGGUGUGGAGGUGCCAGAGUUCGGGGAGCCAAUCACCAAUCUGACAGUUCCCAUCGGGCGAGACGCAACCUUCAAGUGUAUAGUCGUCAAUUUAGGCAAUUAUAGGGUUGGCUGGGUGAAAGCGGACACAAAAGCGAUCCAGGCUAUCCACGAACACGUAAUCACGCACAACCACAGGGUGUCCGUAUCACACGCUGACCACUCAACGUGGUAUCUUCACAUAAAGAACGUGCAAGAAGAGGACCGCGGCCAGUAUAUGUGCCAAAUAAAUACCGACCCUAUGAAGAGUCAGAUGGGCUAUCUCGAAGUAGUUAUACCCCCUGACUUUAUACCGGAAGAAACUUCUGGAGAUACGAUGGUGCCUGAAGGUGGGACGGCACGUGUCUCCUGUAGAGCAAGGGGGAUCCCCCCGCCGAGAGUAAUGUGGAAACGCGAAGAUGGCCAAGAAAUAGUCGUGAGGGACGCUACUGGGGCAAAGACAAAAGUGCUUACAUACCAAGGUGAGGUAUUAAAGUUGACCAAGAUAUCGCGUUCCGAAAUGGGCACAUACUUAUGUAUAGCCGGUAAUGGAGUGCCGCCCACAGUGAGUAAGCGGAUGCACAUAAGUGUACAUUUUCAUCCAGUGAUCCAAGUGCCAAAUCAGUUGGUUGGUGCGCCGCUCGGCACCGACGUUACCCUCGAAUGCUACGUCGAAUCGUCGCCAAAAUCCAUCAACUACUGGGUCAAAGAUCCCGGUGAGCUGAUAAUACCAUCUGAACACCACGAGAUGACUGUCAGACAAAAGUCGAUGUUCGAAGCUGAGAUGUCCAUGACUAUCAAGAACAUCAGACGAGAGGACCUGGGAAGUUACAUAUGUGUAGCGAAAAAUUCUCUUGGCGACGUUGAAAGCAAAAUCCGAUUAUACGAAAUACCAGGAAACGACAGACACAUAUAUCAAUACACUGAUGAAAGAACGACUUCGGACGAUGAAUACGGCACAGAAGUAUAUGACGAUGACUUUGAAGACAAAGAAAAGAAAAGUAAUCGAGUCCCAGAUCGUGCUAACAAAUGGUACUCCAACGAUGGUAAGCUCAUCGUGACUGCUAACAACGCGAUAGGCGUUCUGUCAGAUGCUUAUAUCAUUACACUAGUAAAUGUACUCAAAUUCUUAGCAUAAAAUUAUGUUAAAUUUACUUAUACCGAUUAUUAGCAUAGCAGUAAUUAAAAUAUUCGUAUUGCUAUACAGAAAGAUUUUUCUGAUCAUUUAAUCACAAAUUCUUUUGACGUCUAUUUGAUGAUCAUAGUUUUUGUUACAUUUUUGGCGUCCGUGACCAAAUUAUAAAUUUUCAUCAAACUUUUUGCUAUAUGGUCUCAAUCUUUUAUGCUUUUGUUAAAUAAACUAUACGGAAUUUAAUAUGUAUGAUCUUCCAAACAAUACUUUUUAUGUUAAUAAACACAUUAAAAAUAUAUUAUUUUACUAAGAAAUUUAAGCUCAUGUCAACGAAAUUAAGAAUAAAUUACCCUCAGUACUGACUAUAAUGUAUGCAUCCAAUUAUCAAGUUGUCUAUAUACCUUAGGAGGUGCGAUUGUAACAAAUUCAUUUCAAUUGGAACAUGACGUACAAAUGUACGUUACGUUACAUAAACAUUUGUACAGAUAAUAAUGUCGUUGUCAUAAAAUGUAUGUUUUAUAUAUUACUAAAUAUGUUGUAAACUUAUUUGUUAUAUGAGAUAAUUCUAUUCUCAUUGACGUCAAUUUAAAACUUUAAUACCAAAAUGAACCAACACCAAAUUUAAAACCAUAUUAUGAACCGAGUUUAUUUACCUCACUACAGAAUGUGGUUUUUUUUACAUGUUGGUCCGACCUCAGCGGGAUAUUUCCCCACCGCAUAAGAUCAUCUUAAAUACUCUUAAAUACUCAGCUAGUUGUAUGAUUUCAAAUUAAAAAUGUUUUAAAUCAUGACGUCAAAUGGCCUAUUGGUUCAGCUUUAAAGCUUUAGCAUUUUUAAUCAGUAAAAUAUAUUUAAGAUUAUUUGUAUUAAAUGUUUUUGUUCAUGUUGGUAACAGCGUGUAAGGUGAUAAUAACUAGAAAUAAAUUGUACAUAGUUUAUAUACUAAGCUUAUAUACGAAAUGAUCAAAAUUCUGAGCAUUUAUAUUUAACAUGGCUAUAUUAAUAUUAUUUCAUAUUUUUGUGUCGAUACAAACUUGUCUAUAAUAAUAUAAAUUUUAUUUACACAACCCGAAAAAUGAUCAUAUUAAUUUUAUUUGUAUGAAAUAUUAUUUAUAUCUCAACAAAUAUUAGUUUACCAUGUAAAUAGUAUUCAAUAUACAUUAAUUAGGUGCUAUGUAUUAAAAUAAUAUAUCAAUAACCGUUUAUAAAAAGAAUAAAAAAUGAAAAAUUACCCAUGCUUUACCUGUCUAGUACGUUUUAAUGUGUUAGAAUAUAAUAUUCUGUUUCUAAAAUUAUACCAUAAAAAAUAUAAUUCCUAUAUUCAAUAUAUAUAAGUACUGUUAUAACCUCUUCCAAAAAUGACCCUAUAUGAUGUAUAAGAGUUACCUUUGUACGAUAUUUAAUAGUGCUAUUAAUGAAUAACGAUUACUCCUACAAUAAAUAAUCUGAUCGUUACCAAAAAUAAAACAAAUUAUAUCCA